UUAGACAUUCAUAUUGUGUUUCCGGUUUCUUUUCAGCACGUUUUCUGAUUUUUCACCUACCUGAACAAUGUUGAGAAGGCCACCUAAAGUUCUUUCCAACUCAGUUGAAGUUGAAAGAGAUAAUGUCACUACUGGAAAAUUUAACAAGGAAUCAAUUAAACCUUUAGGUAGCAGUAUAAAGUAUCAAGAUACAGCGGACAAACUCAUCGAAAAUGCUGUAUUUGGUGGUGAAGAAAAUCUGCUUCAAAACUUGAAAGAAUUACAGUCUAGGGACAAAGAAACAAAGAGGAAGAAAGAUACAUCAGACAACAGAAAACCAGUUUGGGAAGAUGAAGAUGAUAAGAUAGGAAGCAUCAGUGUAAAAAGAAUGAAAAAUUCAAGAAAUAAAGAAGCAGAAAAAGAAGGAGACGUUCCUACAGAGCAGUAUACCAUACAUCUACAAUCUCAACACCACAAAGUACAUUCUAUACCAAACUGGGCACGGUUACCAACAGAACAUACAGAUCACUCAGAUGAGGAUCCUGAUGUUCAAGAUUUGUUACAGUCCACUGGAGAUUAUAUCACGUCUUCUAAGUCAUUAUCUAAAGGUAUCAUACAGAUCAAACAGUGUACUGAUGGAAACAGAGAUAAUCCUGUACAGUCCACUGGAGAUUAUAUCACGUCUUCUAAGUCAUUAUCUAAAGGUAUCAUACAGAUCAAACAGUGUACUGAUGGAAACAGAGAUAAUCCUGUACAGGUAAAGUCUGUUCUCAGGUGUUACAAUGUAUACAGUCCACUGGAGAUUAUAUGA